AUGUUCUCCCGUUACUCCCCUCUGGGGGAGCAGUCGCCGUCCAGAGACGCUGAGAAAGAUGUCCAUAUCCCCUUCCGGAAAGAGCUCCAAGACCUGGAAUCGACCGCAACAUCGUCAACGCACAAUGAGAAGAGCAGCUUCAAGAUCGUUGAUGCGAGGAUUGUGUCAGAUGCUAUCAUUGGACUGUCCGAUGGCAUGACGGUGCCAUUCGCCCUCACAGCGGGCUUGUCUGCGUUAGGCGACACGAAAGUGGUUGUCUUUGGCGGAAUGGCAGAACUAAUCGCUGGUGCCAUCUCCAUGGGAUUGGGUGGAUAUCUGGGAGCCAAGAGUGAAGAGGAAUCAUAUAAAGCAACGUUAAAAGAGACCCGCGAGCAGACGGUGACAGACCCGUCAUCCGUCGACGGCAUCAUUUCACAAAUAUUCGCCCCUUACGACCUCCCAUCUAACCUUCUGAGCGAACUCACCACCCACCUCUCUGAAUCCCCCAAUCUCCCUUCAUUCCUCAUGAACUUCCAUCAUACUCUCCCGGAGCCAUCCGGGUCUCGAGCCGUUGUCUGCGCCAUCACCAUUGCUCUGGGCUAUUUCAUCGGCGGUUUUGUGCCUCUGCUUCCAUAUUUCUUCGUCGGCCCUCACGACGCUUUCAUCGCUCUGCGUUGGUCCAUAGCUACCAUGGCGGUCACCCUGUUCCUCUUCGGCUACGGAAAGACCUGCUACGUUAGUGGCUGGAAAGGAGCAGGUAACAUCCGCCGCGGAGUCAUCGGUGGAGUGCAGAUGGUAAUAGUCGGAGGUUUAGCGGCAGGAUCCGCCAUGGCGCUGGUGAAGCUAUUCCAGGCUCUGGCCGAUAGUACCCCGGACGAAAAGCAUCAGUAA